UUUGGAGCGCUUAGAGUAUAUACGCGCCAUAAUGCGCGUAUGGCUGAAGAAGGUGGUGCUACGUUUCGCACGAUUUAUUUGUGAACAAAUUAUUUUGAAUUGUUGACAUAAUUGUUAAAUGAAAAUGGACAACGACAAAAGUACUAUGCUCGCAGUUUUGCAACUGCUUAGAAAAUACAAUUUGAAGGGAACGGAAGAAUUAUUCAAAAAAGAAGCUAAUUUGACUGAUAUAUCUGCAGAUGAUGCUCAACAGACCGAUUCUGAAGUUAACAGUGUACUCUCUGCAUAUAAAAGCGAAGGAGAUCCUGCACUUUAUGAGAAAGCAUAUAGCGAAUUGAAGAAAUUUGUAGAAGGUUCUUUAGAUAUAUAUAAACAUGAGUUGGGUACAAUUUUAUACCCAGUUUUGGUACACAUGUACCUUGAAUUGGUUUACAAUAAUCAUUCUGAGGAAGCUAAACAGUUAUUGGAAAAGUUUGGUGGAAAUCUAGAAGAAUAUUACCAAAAUGAUUUGAAAAGAUUAUCUAAUGUAACAAAACGCGAACAAAUGGCUGGAAAUGAAUUAACAGAUACUUUUAAGUCCAAUCAGUUUAUAAUCAGAAUGUCAAGAGAUACUCUUUCAAUAUUAAAAAGACAUUUACAAGAAAAGAAACACAGUGUAUUACUAAAUAUCAUACAAGAGCAUUUAUAUUUUGAUAUGUACGAGGGUGUGGCAAGAAACAAACAACAGAUUGAUGCUACAUCUGGUGCAGUGGUUGGUGAGGCAACAAGACAAGAUAAUAAGGCAAAAGUGUAUUAUGGACUUUUAAAAGAGCCAGACAUUCAGUGUAUGCCUCCAACUGAGGAAGAGGAGGACGAUACAGGUGGUGCAGAUGGGGAUAAACCGAAAAAGAAGAAAGCCAAGAAGGAUCCUCUGUUUUCUAAGAAAACCAAAUCAGAUCCGAAUGCACCACCUGUUGGUAGAAUGCCUUUACCAAAUUUAAAAGAUGCGGAUAAAUUGGAAAAGGUAAAAGCACUGAGAGAAGCAUCGAAACGCGUUGUACUCGGUCCAGACACCUUACCAUCUAUAUGCUUUUAUACACUCUUAAACACAGUUCAUACUGUAACAGCGGCUGAAGUAGCUGAAGACUCGAGUUUACUAGCUAUCGGAUUCAGUGACUCUUGUAUAAAGGUUUGGAGUUUAGUUCCACAAAAAUUAAGACUGAUGAAGACUGGCGAACAAUUACAGGACAUUGAUAGAGAAGCAGACGACGUAUUGGUAAGAAUGAUGGACGAUCGCACAGCGGAAACAUCGAGAUCUUUAUUCGGACACAAUGGUCCCGUGUACAGUUUAUCGUUCAGUCCAGAUAGAAAUUUACUUCUUUCUUCCUCAGAAGACAGUACAGUAAGGCUGUGGUCUUUACACACAUGGACUUGCGUGGUAUGUUACAAGGGACAUUUGUUCCCAGUAUGGUGCGUUCGAUUUUCACCUCAUGGUUAUUACUUUGCCACUUCCUCUCACGACAAAACUGCCAGACUAUGGGCAACCGAUUCCCAUCAACCUCUUCGAAUAUUUGCCGGUCACUAUUCGGACGUAGAUGUAGUUCAGUUUCAUCCAAAUUCGAAUUACGUAGCGACCGGUUCCAGCGAUAUGACAGUAAGAUUAUGGGACUGCGUAACUGGCAGCCAAGUCAGAUUAAUGACAGGACACAAAGCUCCGAUUUAUUCUCUUGCUUUUUCCGCAGAGGGUCGAUUUUUAGCGUCGGCUGGAGCCGAUCACCGCGUUUUAGUUUGGGAUUUGGCACACGGUCAUCUCGUUGCCGCCUUGUCAAGUCAUUCCGGUACUAUUCAUUGUUUAUCGUUUAGCAGAGAUGGAAACUUGUUAGUAUCUGGCUCGUUAGACUCUACUAUAAAAUUAUGGGAUUUCACAAAACUCGCGGAAGAAAUGAGCCUCGAAGACGUGAACGUAUCCCAUAAUCCAGAUGUUAAAACAAACGCGGAAGCGUAUCUCCUUCGAACGUUCGCGACCAAAAAUACUCCGGUCAUGACUUUACACUUUUCACGAAGAAAUUUACUAUUAGGCGUUGGGAUGUUCGAAUCGACCUAGCAAACCUAGUCAAUUUUCGUGAUCGAUUUUUACUGAUAAAACACGGUGUGGCAUUGAUUCCCUAUUAUUGUAAUAUAACGUUUGUUAAUACACUUUUUCACAUUGAUCA